AAAAGUCUUGAAAUCACUCUUAUAAAGUGAUAAGUACGGGACACUCUGCUAACCCCAUUCAGAUUGUAGUGUUUAUUUUAAGUGGCCGGUGUCAGGAUUACUAGUAGAUCCAGCAUGCAGAAUUAUCACACCUAGAACUAAAGGUAACGUUUUAAACCGAGCCUUAGAAUGGCCGGACUUAACGUACCAGAGAAUAGUCAGAAUACUUCUUGAGGUCAGGGAUACAGAAGGAGACACAACAAUGAGGGAAAGCCAGAAGUCAAGGAUACCAGAAUACAGGGAUGCAAAUUGAUACACAUUAGGGCAAUGAAAGCGUCAUCCUCCCUGCCCAAUGGUUCAAAUGUUAAUUUGAAUUCCGCAAGGAAUUCCUGGUAGUUAUACGCAAUACUCAUAUUAAUCUCCCAUAAAGGAUUGGCUGAAGUUAAGGCUUUACCUUUAAGUUGGUUCAUUAGGUAACCAAUCUUGGUUCUAUCCGUGGGAAAUGAUCCCAGUGAGGCCUCAAAGUGGUACUCCAUUUGAUUCAGAAAUCCCCGGCAUUCUUAAAUAUUACCAUAAAAAUGCGGGGGAGGAGAUAGGGAGAUAGUAGGUGCCUUAUGUACUAUAGGUGGAGGUACAUUAGGCGGAGGUGACAUUCGGAGAACUCUCGGGCUGUAGAUGCGCUGUUCGAGUAAGAAGCGUACUGAAAGCCAGGGCAAAUUGAUCCAUACGGUGAUCAUUCUCCUCUAGCUUUCUCUCGCAAGCUGCUAUGUGCUUACACAAUUCUGCAAGAUCUACGGCCAUGUCGUAAUGUCAGCAUUACUAGUAGAUCACACCUAGGACUAAAUGUAACGUCUUACCGGGCCUUCGAAUGGCCGGACUUAAAGUACCAGAGAAUAGUCAGAAUACUUUCCGAUGUCAGGGAUACAGAAGGAGACACAAAGCUAAAUGGAAAGCCAGAAGUCAAGGAUACCAGAAUACAGGGAAGUCAAAACGAAGCCAAAGUCAGUAUUACCUACUAAGGGAAACCAUGACAGGGCAAUGAGAAGAAGUAAAAAUGUGUUUAAAUAAGCCUCCUAUGGAUCCGAUUGGCUGUAACCGGCCUUUGACCACAGAACGUGCAUGUGCGUCUUUUGCAUGACGUUGCACACACGUUGGGGUAGUUAUUGCUGUGGGCGGACAUGGGGCUAUAAAAUGCCAUGGAUCCGCAGCAGCCGGCAUCCACCAACCUGUUGCAUGAGUCAGGUAUACUGGCGCAUAGCUGCUAUCUCUUAGUUGUUGCAGAAAUAAAAUUCAUGGGAUGAUCAGACUGCCAGCAUCAGUUAAGAUUUGAAAGUGAUCACUUCAUGUUGUGUAAAAUGUCUGGUGUGGUAACAUAGUCAAACUUAUUUAUUUUGUUAGUAACACUACUUUUAUAAUAUAAUUCUGUCAAGUACUGGGAUAGGGUUUGUGUUUUAGCAGAGUUUUGCCAGAGAAAGUGUCUUAUUAAAAUGUCACUGCCACUUCUGGAUACAAGAAAUCUCCGGCACUCACUUUGAUACGUUCAAAGCCGUUUUAAUGAAUCCGCAACGUUUCGAUCUGUACCCAGAUCUUUAUCAAGCUUGCUAAAGACCUGGGUACAGGUAGAAACAUUGCGGAUCCAUUAAAACUGCUUUGUACGUAUCACAGUGAGUGCCUGAGAUUUUUUUCUUGUAUGUAGAUUAUAUGGGGUAUGGUGACCCAUGCUCAGUUAGCACCCUGUGUGUUUUGUGAUUGAGUGCAACCCUCUUCUCUGUUUUUUUACUGCCACUUCUGGAGUCUUUGCAUUUUGUUUAUAUACAAAUACUACCCCAAAUUGACCUGCCUGUCACUGUCCUAGGUGGCACCCAGAAAGUAGAAAUAUUUAACUGGAACACUCCCUACUUGGCAUUGCCAUCCGACAGAUUAAGUUCAUUAUUAGAUCCUGGCAGAUGAAGCCACACCGAACUGCUCCAUAAGAAUCUAUAAAUUACACAAAACAAUCAAUUAAUCAUAUAUUUUUUGACGGAGUAUAGCAUAAUCAAAUACUAUAAUGUACCAUUUGCCCUGAACUCCAACUGGGAUUUGCCAAAAUGCCUAUUCACAAACCACAGUCCUUCUUGGAGAAUGUCUUUUAAGAAGACAAAAGUAAACUUUUUUGGAUAAUCAUAUAUCCAUAUUUAGAGAAGGACAAAAUAAACUUUCAAAGAAAAGAACACUAUCUCUACCAUGAACCAUGUAGGAGAUUCAAUUAAUUUUCGGGAUUGCUUUGCCUUUGGGUUCCUAGAAGCUGUAUAGGGCACAAUUAAAUCAGAAAACUAUCAAGACAUUCUGUAGCGAAACUUACUGUCCUGUAUCAGGAUACUGUCUCCUUAAAAGUGCGUGCCUCGGCAGGAUGACUACCUGAAACUAAAAAGAAUCUAAAAGAAUGGAUGAGAAGGAACAUUGGACUGUUCUGAAGAGGCCUUAUUUGAAUACCAGAGAUGUAGAAUUUGUAUUGCUUGAAAAUGCAAUUCCAGUGCAACAGGCAGGAGUUUAACCCUGCCGUGGGCAGUCGGUAGGGCUGCAGGAGGGAGGACAAGUCACGGAUCCGGCACGCUGUAGUAAGUCAGAGUGCAGCCCCUGGUUCUCCCAGCAUGUGAGUGCCUGAACUGAGAGGGGCAGAAUUACCAAGGUCUGUGUAAAGAGGCAUGUGCUCCAUGUAUUGGGCACUCUUCAGCCCUUAAGCCAAAAACAUUUGGCUUAAGGGCUGAAGAGAGUGGAUCAUCACACAACAUACAGCCAACACAUCUGAAACCCAAUACAGCACACACCAUGCAACCAGAACACACCAGAUAUACACACCAUACUGCCAGCGUUCACCAGGCACACAACAUGCAGCCUGAAUACAAGAACACAACAACCAAACAGCACACACUAGACACCCACUAUACAGCCAGCACACAAACAAAUUACCAUACGCAUGAGUCCAUAUUUGAACCAAAUCAAACAUCUGUGGGAAGAGCUGAAAUUUGCAAUUGUAAAAAGACACCAAUCAAACUUGGAAAAACUGGAGCAGCUUGCUCAGAAAGAGUGGGUCAGAAUCCAUCGAAAAGUGUAGAAAUCUUAUUCAAAGUUACAUAAAGCACUUGACUGCAGCUAUUGCCUCCAAAUGCUGUGCUUUGAAAUAUUAGAUUAAAGGUACCAAUAUAUUUGUCUAUCCUUUUCAAAUAAUUUUUAUUAGGUUUUUAGAGUUCUACAACAAAAAUAAUUAAUAGCAAAACAAACUAUUCAGGAAAGGGAAGGGGAACCUGGGAAAAGAGAGGGUAUCCAUCCAUAAUAACAAUGAAUAUAAUAUUGCAUUUACAUUUCACUGUUCAUCACAUAAUUAUAGUACUAAAUGACAAUUCUAAAUGAAAUGUUUCUUUAAUGCAGUUUUUCCAUACAUCCAACUAUGUUGAAGUUGCACAAAUAAACUGGAAUUUUGUCUAUGACAGUUCGCGCAUUUUAUUUUCUAAAACCAGAUUCAAAACUUCUUUAAGUUUUGGAAUAUUAACUGAUGUUCCAGUAUCCUGGUAAACAAGGGAGCAGCAAUUAGGAUGUGGCCUAUACUGAUUUGAUCAGUUUUUGUAGCAGAUUCCGUGAGUUGCUUAAAUAAUGCUAGUUCAGAUGUUAAGGUGCUAAUGGAUAAGUCUUCUUUCAUUAUUCGUCUAUGUAUUACCUUCCAAUACCUAGAUUAUUUUGGGCACAACCACCAGAUAUAAGGCCAUAUUACCUACACCUCCGCAAUCCCUCCAACACAGGUCAGAGUAUUUGUUAUUCAUAUUGUGUAGACGAGAGGGGUCCAGGUACCAUUGAUAAAGUAGCUUGUAAUGAUUCUCAAGAGAAUUUGUGCAAUAAGUAAUACCUUUAAUAGCUGGAAAAAAUUUGAACCAUUCCUCCAAACUGUAUUGCGUACCUUGCUCCCUCUCCCUAGACAUGUGUCCUAGUUUAAAAGAGGGUUCAGUGUUAUGCAGUAAGUAACACAGUAGCCCUUUUCAUCCCGGGUCAUGUAAAAAUAACUUUUCUAAUUUAGAAUUUUCCAGAAUGUUAUGUUUUUGUCCACUUCUCUAAAAUUUAAUUUUUCUUUCAGUUUUUUCGAAAUUACUAUGUAGUCUGUUCUUGAGUUAUCAGGUAUUUAAAUUGCAGUUUUUUAAAUUAAGGGAUGGAAUUUCCCCGGGGUAAAAAAAAAUCCUCCAAAUGUGUUAUCGAAUGACUAUGCCAAAAGUUUGUCUAUGGUAGAUAAACGAUCGGCAUAGCUCUAUAUAAACCUGUACUCAGAGUGAUAGUCUUGAAAACCAUAUCCAAGGCAUACGUGUGGUUCUGGUAGAUAAAAACAUAGUUUUAGUUUUAAGCCUUUUUUCCGAGUUAAGCCAUAGUGCAUCUUUAGAGAGACUGGUAAAACUUUAGUUUCCUCCAUCUUCAACCAUCUGGGUUUGUUGUGUAUAUUAAAGCCAACUGCUGUAGCACUGUUAGUGGCAAAGUAAUAUAUGCGGAUAUCUGGCACACCAAUGCCGCCAUUCAAUUUGUGAUGCUGCAAGGACGUUAAUUUAAUUCUGCCAGGUUUAUUUUUCCAUGUAAACAUUAAAAAGGGGAAGAGAAGGAGGGUGGAAGUGAAAACAGAUGUGGCUAGAAUAUAAUACAGUCCUAUUAAAACAUUUAAUAAAUCAAAUAAAAAGUCUAACUAGUGGCCUAAACAAACAAGACUAACCUCAAGCAAAGAUACAAUAGUGUAUACAGAAAGAGAUGUAUUUUUUUGUAUCUUUUUUUUUUUUUUCUGUAUGUGCACUAUUGUAUCUUUGUUUGAGGUUAGUCUUGUUUAUUUUAGUCCACUAGUUGGACUUUUUUAUUGACUUAUUAAAUGUUGUUUUAACCCCUGAAGGACUGAGCCAAAUGUACACGUUGUGAUCAAAACAAAACGUAAACAAAAACUUACAUUUGCGCUAUAUGUCUGUUCAGGCGUAAUUCGCCUCUUUCAUAAUUUGUGCACCCACACUUAUUAUAUAUCA